AUGUCCCCGCUGCGGCCUGCGAACCGCGCACCGAAGAAGCACAUGCAAGAUAAGUGCUGGGAGAAAUGCGAUGAGUGCGCCGAAGCAGGUGUCGAUAGGUGUGACGCCGCGAAAGAGGAGGGCGACUGUGCCAACUGCCGUAGGCUCGGAGUGGCAUGUACGAAACCAUCGGAAGGUCAGGCCACCACUGGUGACCCUAGGGAGGUCAAGGCGACGGGGAGCGGUCAGAACCAAUUGUCCCAACAGCCACAGCAAGACGCUUCGCAGAGUGCUCCAGAGCCGCGCCCACGACAGCUCUUGGGGGAGCGGGAGGAUCAUGCCUACGAGGUUCUGGACGAUGAGGUUGCUGGAAGUGACAACGAAGAAGCUCUCGACAAGGAUGAGAAACUAAACAAGGAGAGCCACGACACGCGUAGUCAUAUCCCAUCGAUUCAGCAUGACUCUUCGGCUGAUGUAGAGAUGGUCGAAGCGGACCAGAUGACUGUUCAUGCUGAGGUUUUCGAGCCUGGAUUGGCAGCCGAAGCAACUAUCUCCUCCAACGUCACGAAACAGCCCCAGGACAACGACAUACCUAUGGUAGACACUACACAAGUACAAUCUUGGAGAGAAGACAACCACUUGGGUCGCUCGGCUGGAAAACUCUUCUUGAACAUCGAGACUGUUCCUCCUCAACCACGAACAGAAGGCUACUCAACGAAAGAAACCGCGCGACGGUCUGCUGCCACCGUUCUAUCACCAGUCGACCAAGCCUUCCUCUCCGACUCCCAUCAUCCGUUCCAGGAACAGACGCAAACGGCAUUAGGCAAGAAUACCAGGCCUCGUAUGCAACCCUUAACACUGGACGCCGCUCCAUCUGACGGUCAUCCUCCACCUUCGGCCCCUCUUGCUGCGCCGACUACUAUUCCUCGUUCCACGUUGUCCGAAGAGGCCACAGCUACUCUAGUACGUACCUCCUCGACCACCUCAGUCCCUCUAAUCUGGAAUGACACUAACAAGCUCCAGCCACAGCCUCAAACCCCAACUCCCCUUCCCCACAACUUCUUGCCUCCUCCAACAAAUCCCUCGCCGCCCUGGUGGACCUCCAUCCCCGAAAUUGCAUCCAUGCUGGCUGCUCAGCGUCGUGCGCCAGCACCGUACGGGCUAUCGAAUGACUUCACAGAAUUCUAUAGCCAUGUUCUUGAGGCAACGGAUAACUUGAGCAAGAAAAAAACGCAAGGGGACAAGUGA